AUGACAAUUGCUUGGAGACAUAAAGGACUAAAAAAAAACCCCUUAUUUGAUCUCACUAAAGUAAUAUCAAAUUCAAUAUUGGAGAGUUCUUCAAAGCUAAUUACAUUGAUUGAUGGCACUAACUGGACUAAUCAAGAAAAUAUUGAUAAAGAUAAUGUUGAUGGUGAAAAUCAAUUUUUGCAUGCACUAAGAGGAUUGAUUAGAAAUAAAUAUAGUUCAGCAAUCAUCACGAUACCAGCAUAUCUAUGUGAACCAAUCAAUGCAUCGUUUGUAAGAAAAAUUGAACAUAUUUGUGAUGCAGUUGUAUUGUAG